UCCAAUUAUAAGAAGAAAAAAAAAAAAGAAAAAAUUAUUGGAGGUGGAGAUGUGGUAAGUAGCUGCGUCUUGUUUAUUGCAGCUGGGAAUCAUGGCAUAGAAAGGCCCAUUCCAGAUUUCUCAAUCUUAACAACCCUAUCAUCUCCUACCUUUACCUUUUUCUUAUUACAACCUCAAUAAGAAGAGGGAAGUUUCCUUAUUUGUUUCGGAAAUUUCUUACAUUUGUUUUCUUUAUUUCCUUGUACUUUGGUCUUUGGUCGGAGCAAUGUUUCCUUUACAGCGAAGUGAAGAUUUGGUGUUUCAGAUUCUCUCUACUCCUGAUAUCCCUUCCCAGCAAAACAAGAUCUCCCAAGAUCUGAUUUUUGAUAGUAAUAAUAUCAAUAAUAACUAUGGUUUUGCUCCUCUGGAUUUCGCCACCGGCGCUCACCACCAUGACUUCGCCGCAACAACAACCGCCUCCGCGGCGGCGGUCACCGCCAGUUCUUCCAGAAAGCGGCGACGGAGGGAGAAAACUGAUGAUGUUGCUCCUGCGGCGGCCGCUAAACCCGAUGAGUAUCACAAGCUGAAGAGAAUUAUGCAUCGAGAAAUCGAACGGCAGCGCCGCCAGGAAAUGGCCACCCUUUAUGCUUCUCUCCGGUCUCUCCUCCCUCUUGAAUAUGUAAAGGGAAAGCGUUCGACAUCGGAUCACAUGCACGAAGCGUUGAAUUACAUCAAACAAAUGCAGAAAAAUGUUCAAGAAUUGGAGAGGAGGAGAGACGGGCUAAAGACGGCGGCGGCGUCGUCCACUUCCAGUUCCCAUAAUUUGGAGAAAACAAAAACCGGAAGCCCAGAUCAGAAAACCGGUUCUCCCCCGAACUUCGUCUCCGUCAGCCGUUGCCGGGACGGCGUCGAGAUUCUGAUCAACAGUGACGUCGCCGGCGAGAGGGGCUGUUUCCCCCUGUCAAGAGUGCUGCGGACGCUGCAGAACCAAGGGGUUAACGUUGUCAGCUGCGACUCCACCAAGGCAGAUACUAGGUUGCUUCAUAGGGUUCAGUCUGAGGUCUCAGGUGAAAAACCCAUCGAUCUUCAAGCCUUGCAACAAAAGUUGACUGAGGUUAUCAAUAACUUUUAGCAUAUUCAAAGGUCGUUGUUCUUGUCCAUGUUGCUUGUUACUUUCUCUCAAUUUGCUACAUGUAUUAGUGUCAUACAUACUGUGGGUUUCUCUGGGAGAAUUUUUGCAAUAAGUUGCAACAGAUAAAAUAAAGAGGAAAAUGUUUUUUUUUUUUUGUCCUAUA